UUAAAGCACCAGCAAUGAGCUGACAUGUCGGCACCUCAUUGGCUCCACCAAAAAUUAAUACCAAAAGAGGGCUUUACUCCCAGAAACCAAGACGUUGACAAACAAAACAGAUCUCCACCACCGUUUGUUGAGAAGCUCAAAAACUCCGACCAAAAAACAACUUCCAAAUUCCGCCAUCGGAGCCGCCACCCACGGCCGGGGUUUCUCUUUCUCGCACAAAAUGUCCCGAGUCAAUUUUGGUAUAAUUCUGAUUCUGGGGUUAAUGUCGACGGUAGCGCAUUCCAUGCGGUUCGACCUCCAAUCGGGCGCCACCAAGUGCAUUUCCGACGACAUAAAGAGCAGCGCCAUGACCGUCGGCAAGUACGCCGUCGUCAACCCCAAUGAGGGAUCUCCUGUACCUGAUUCCCAUAAGCUCACUGUCAGGGUGACCUCACCUCAUGGAAGUAACUAUCACUAUGGGGAUCAUGUGGAGUCGGGAAAUUUUGCGUUCACUGCUGCAGAGACUGGUGAUUAUUCAGCUUGCUUUUGGGUGUCGGAUCAUAAGCCCUCGACCACGGUGACGAUUGAUUUUGACUGGAAAACUGGUGUUGCUGCUAAGGACUGGUCCAAUGUUGCCAAGAAAGGGCAGAUUGAAUCGAUGGAACUUGAGCUGAAAAAAUUGUAUGAUACUGUAUCAUCCAUUCAUGAUGAGAUGUUUUAUCUACGUGAAAGGGAGGAAGAAAUGCAACAACUUAAUAGAUCAACUAACUCCAAGAUGGCGGUUUUUAGCGGCCUUUCUCUUUUUGUAUGCCUGUCGGUGGCUGGUUUGCAACUAUGGCACCUCAAGAUGUUCUUUGCGAGGAAGAAGCUCCUCUAGUACCGCUUUGUACUUACUUUCUCAAUUUUUGUUCUGCAGUUAUAUACUCACACUAUUUGUUGUUCCCUGUAUUUUGAGGCCAAAUCCUAAGUUGGACAGUGAUUUGUUCUACUGAGAGGUUAGCUUCUAGGAAGGAGUCCCAUCAGAGUUUCGGUUUGUUUUGUUGAAACUGGUUCUCUACUUUUUUCCAGAGCAAGGAAACUGAUCGACUUCAUCAACAUCAUUUGCAGUCCCCUUCAAUACUUAACGUAUGAGACCCUUCAUCAACAUCGUUCGGCAAUUAAAUAUAUCGUUGUAUCAAAAAAAUUGUUUAUGUGGCUUUGAUUCUCGUACGCGUGAAGUAGGUUGUCUGAGUUUGAAUACCAUAGGCAUUGUUUAUGACUUCCUGUUGUAACACAAGACUCAUAUAUUAAACUCCAUAAUUGAAUUCACCUCUAUACGACUCAAAUUUUCCA